UUCCUCUGUAGCAACAAAAGCUUGAUUACCUUUCUGGGUUGAAUCUCCGACACAAACAUGUACUGUGAGAGCGGUUCAGAAUUUGAUUUCAGCCUCUUAGAGUCUAUUCGUCAGUAUCUUCUGGAAGAUGAUUUCGAUUCGAUUCCAGAUCCAACACCGUUCGUUGCGAAUCCAGCAGAAAAUGAUGCAAUUGAUAUCGAUCACUGGAUAAACUUUGAUCAGUUGUUUGACGUGGCGGAGGACACGGUGGCCGUUAAUAACGUUUCGUUUUCCCGUUCCGAAGUGACUUCUGAGAUAUCGGAGACUACUCCGACUGCGAGUGUCUCUGAAUCUCACGGGCCGCCGAAGAAGGUACAUUAUAAGGGAGUUAGGAGAAGGCCGUGGGGGACGUAUGCGGUGGAGAUAAGGGAUCCAAAGCGAAACGGGGCGAGGAUCUGGCUUGGUACUUACGAGAAUCCCGAGGAUGCUGCUCUCGCUUAUGACGCAGCGGCUUUUAAAAUGCGAGGUGCGAAAGCCAAGCUUAAUUUUCCCCAUCUCGUCGGCUCCGAUCUGGUGGAGCCUGUUAGAAUAACCAAUAACAAACGAAGAUCCCCGGAGCCGUCUUCCUCUUGUUCAUCGAUUCAGUUGCCGGCAUCUCCGUCGUCCACGGUGACAUCGGAUGACAGAACUCUGAAUUUGAAACGGAGGAGGAAUGAGAUUAAUCGUCCGAUUAAAGCUGAGUUUGAACCAGACAUGUAUCAGUUGAUGCCAACUGACUUUUGAUAAAUUGAUAUAUGCUAAUAAUUGAAUU